UUGUUUGCAAAUAUUUCAGAGUAAAUAUAGUGACGCAAUAAAGUGCUUAUAUGUGACGCAUAUAUUAAACUUGGAAUAGAUUAUUUGUCAAGGUUAUAAAAUGUUUCUAUUUCUACUUCUAGUUCUGGUUCACUCAGUGCAGCCUUUCAGUAUAACUACAACUACUGCCAGUUCUGGUCAAACUAUAGAUAAACCGGCAAAUAGUGGGAAAAAUGCUCAAGCUGUGACUCUAUCUUGUCGCCUGGAACUGAGUCCUGGGGACCACUGGACCUCUUGUGCCUGGUCCCACGUCUUUCCUGAUGUUUGGGGUCUAACGAACAGUCCUGGGUAUGUGAUGUGCACAGUGAGUAGUAUUAACGGAGAUGGAGCCCCUUGUCAGGAUGUGGGAAAUCUUAAAGGAACGUAUGAUGGAGCAUACGAUACGGGUAAUGCCUGGGUUGGAUCCUACGUAUCUCGUAUAUCUCAUGAUGUUACUGAGAACUCCUGUGGACUAACUAUCAAUAGUCCGAAUGCAAAUGAUACAGGUGUAUGGAAAUGCCAUGUAAAAGACAAUACAGUUGGAUCCUCAGCUAGUGUUUUCUGGUCAGAGAUAAACCUUUACGUAGCAAACAAGAGCGAGGUUGUGAUCACAGAUCCUGCCCUGGAUUCAGGAAUGGAUAAAAGUCUGUGGGUGGAUAUUUCUCAGAGCAGAGGGAGGAUUCAGGCAUCGUGCAAGUCCUUGUAUGGAGUACCUCCACCUGAGAUACGCUGGUACAUAGAUGAAUUAAGGAACAGGAUUUCUACUAGAGAUGCUACAAUAACCUCCACAACCAGCUCAACAGGGGAGUCCGUAACUUCAACCAUAUCAAUGGAUUUAGAUGAAAUGAUAUUAAGUUCUUACGGUGUUCAACCGGAUCAAGGUUACUUCUCAUUUGCUCUUGGAUGCUUUCCAGAACAAGGAAACUACUUCCAAUCCCAGAGUGGAGUUUUAAAUCCUGCUGAGGUUAUGGUAUUUGGGAAGAGUUCAGGAGAAAUAUUUCUUCCAGUAUCAUUGAUCAUCCUUCUUCAAACCGUUCUCAUUACAAACAUUUUAUCUUGAAUUACACCAUGUACAAAUACUUAGUUCAAUAGUAAACUGUGUCAUGUAUAACCAGUAAAAUAUAGUUUUUUUUUUGA